AUGGGCAAAGGCGGGGAGCAGGGAGAUGAGGGCGCCGCCGAGCGCGAUGCCCCCGCGCUGCCCACCUACAGCUGGGAGGAGGUCCAGAAGCACAACCUGCGCACCGACCAGUGGCUGGUCAUCGACCGCAAGAUCUACAACGUCACCCAGUGGAAGCACCGCCACCCGGGCGGCCACCGAGUCCUAGCCCACUACGCGGGCGAGGAUGCCACGGACGCUUUCCUCGCCUUCCACCAGGACCUGCAUUUUGUGAGGAAGUUCAUGAAGCCCCUGCUGGUUGGGGAGCUGGCCCCUGGGGAGCCCAGCCAAGACCGUGACAAGAGUCCCCAGAUUACCGAGGACUUCCGAACCCUGAAGAAGACUGCGGAAGACAUGAAGCUCUUUGAGACCAACCAUAUGUUCUUCCUCCUGCUCCUGGCCCACAUCAUCGUCAUGGAGGGUCUAGCCUGGUUCACCGUCUUCUACUUUGGCACCGGCUGGAUCUCCACCAUCUUGACAGCCGUCAUCCUGGCAAUUUCCCAGGCCCAGGCUGGAUGGCUCCAGCAUGACUACGGUCACCUCUCGGUCUACCAGAAAUCCACGUGGAACCACUUUUUCCACAAAUUUGUGAUCGGCCACCUCAAGGGAGCUUCGGCCAACUGGUGGAAUCAUCGGCACUUUCAGCACCACGCCAAGCCCAACACCUUUCAGAAGGACCCCGACGUGAACAUGCUCCACGUCUUUGUCCUGGGCGAGUGGCAGCCGGUGGAGUAUGGCAAGAAGAAGCUGAAAUACCUGCCUUACAACCACCAGCAUCAGUACUUCUUUCUGAUUGGGCCCCCGCUGCUCAUCCCCUUGUACUUCCAGUUCCAGAUCAUCAUGACCAUGAUUGUGCGCAGAGAUUGGGUGGACCUGGCCUGGGCCAUCAGUUACUACACCCGCUUCUUCUUCACCUACAUCCCUUUCUAUGGAAUCCUGGGAUCCCUCUGUUUCCUCAACUUCAUCAGAUUCCUGGAAAGCCACUGGUUCGUGUGGGUCACGCAGAUGAAUCACAUCCCCAUGGACAUCGAUCGGGAGAAGUACCAGGACUGGUUCAGUAGCCAGCUCUCGGCCACUUGCAACGUGGAGCAGUCUUUCUUCAAUGACUGGUUCAGUGGCCACCUCAACUUCCAGAUCGAGCACCAUCUCUUCCCCACCAUGCCGCGCCACAAUUACUACAAGGUCGCCCCGCUGGUCAAGUCUCUGUGUGCAAAGCACGGCAUCCUGUACCAAGAGAAGCCCCUCAUGAGAGCCCUCUUGGACAUUGUGGGGUCCUUGAAGAAGUCGGGAGACCUCUGGCUGGAUGCUUACCUCCACAAAUGAAGCCCCCGCCCCCACCUCAGGGACUGUGGGAAGGGAGGCAGGGAUUGAGCAGCACCUUUGGUUCAAGCAACUUGAGCUCCUCCAGGAGGGCCCAGGGCCAUUUCAGGGAACCCUUCAGACUCCCCUCUCUGUGUCUCUGUCUCUGUCUCUUUCUCUGUCUCUCUUUGUCUUUGUCUUUGUCUCUGUCUCUGUCUCUGUCUCUGUCUUUGUCUCUUUCUCUGUCUCUCUUUGUCUCUGUCUCUUUCUCUGUCUCUGUCUUUCUCUGUCUGUCUUUGUCUUUGUCUCUGUCUCUCUCCAGGGCACAGCCCCUCUCCUUUCCUGGCAUCUGCCAGUGGCCAAUCAGGCUUCUUUUCUUGGGUGGGAAACGGGGCGGACUCUUUUGCUUAUGGGAGUCUCUGGGCUCCAAACGGAGAUGCUGGGUCUCAUUCCAAGCUGGCUUCCACUUCUGGCCCCACGUGAGCAGUUGCCCUGCCUCGACUUCCCCGAGAGAAAGAAAGGGGUACUGUGUUCCCUCCUGCCGCGGCCCCCCUUCCCCUGUGCAGCCCCCUCCCCUCUGCCCCUGCUGGGGACUCAGUCGGUGCCGGUCUGGCCCCAGGGCCUCGGCCCUUCCUGUUCCGCAUCCCCCUCUGGGAAUCACCGACCCCCAGCCCCCUGCCCGUCGAUUUGUCCUGAAACGUGGCCCCAAGCCCCUGGGGAUCGCUCGGAGGAAUGGCCGGGUGCGCUCCGGAGACCCGGGAUCAAUCUCGGCUCUUGCCGUACAUCCAAGGGACUCUGAGAAGGGCUCUUGGCCUUCGCGGUCUUCUGUCAGAUGAGGAGCGCAGUAGGGCUCCCCAGGUUCUCUACAAGUCUGAAAGCCCUUGGAUACACGGCCAGCUCUGCCCGGUUUCGGAUCCGAAGCACCCAGGGCCCCCUUCCUCCCCAGCGUCGCUGGCUGCCUGCUCCCCCAGGGCCUUCCACCAGACCAGGAGCUGUCCAGCACCCAGAGAAUGCCCAGAACCAAAUGGGCAACCGAGGCAGCUGUUCGGGCCACACCACUGCCUUCUUGGGACUCGGAAGGUUUUCCCGCCUUCCUUUCCCGGGUCCCCGUUCAGAAGUCGGCCAGCCCCGCACCCUCUAAUGUGCCCCUCCCCAGCACGGCGUCAGUCCCCGCGGGCCCAGCUGCAGAUUUAGCUAGACAGGGGAGGGCCCCCUGUGGGUUUACCGAGAGCCCAAGCUCUCCUCCUUUUGCAGAAGUGGAAACUGAGACUCACAGAGGCUUGCCCGAGAUCCCACAGGUAUCGAGGAGUACGGCGGGGCUUCCCACUCGAGUGGUCUGGCCCUGAACCUGAACCCAUUGCUACUUCCACUAGACCGAGCUGCCUUCUCUCUGGAGGAACAACCCGUAGCCUCUCGGGCACACAUCAUGAUGGCCUUAAGAAAAUUCAAGUCCUCCUCUUGAUCCAGAUGCUGUGAGAGGCUACCUUGGAGGGGGGAGGAGUUCAGAGCACAGACACACCCUCUGCUCCCGUAAUGGGAGGCAGUGCUUGGGUCACCCCUUCGGCCACCCGUCAGUCACCCUUUGUUGGACUUCUUCCCCCCUUCUGGCCUCUAUAAAGUGAAGGGGUUGGAGUUCUGGCCUCCGGAUGCAGGAUCUCCUCCCUUUGAGCACCAGAAUGAUCUUGUCUCCUCCCUCUGGCCCUGGAGUUUCCAUCCCUCCUGGUCCAGCUGAGGAGCUCCCGCCCCUCUUGGUCCUGUUUUGCUUAGGGUUAAGAGGGGCAGCUCCGAGCACCUGCCAUCUUGAGUCACUCUUGGAUGGAUCUCAGAGGGAAGAUGACGUUUUGGGGCUGAGAAUGGAGGCCUUCCAGCCUUGGACCCCUCCAGGAGUUGUUGCCUGCCCAGGGGCCCUUGGGCUGGAGGGAGUUCCAGGUGAAGUUUCCGGAGAUAAGGGAGAUGAGACCGGAGGGAUUCUCGGUCCCCUCCCCCCCCCUCCCCCCUCUCUGCUUUGGAAAUGCUUGAUUUCCUUGCUCCCCUUAGAACAAAAUGUGUAAGACUCACCAACUUAGGGCCCUUAACUCCUUAGUUAUCUGGACUGACGACUGUUCAAGUUCAGCACAAGAGCUAGAUUUAGACUGGUCGUGACCUCGUGACCCGCCAUUGCCAAGGUGUGGGAUGGUGGUUAGGAGUAUUCGCUGUUGGUAGCAUCCCUUUAAUAGUCUUCACUAGAUUAGAGCGUUUCUGUCUUCAAGGGACAGGCUUGGGUCUCCUCCUCUGGUGCUUCCCUCUUCUUCUUCCUCCCGUUUCCCCUUCCAAGCCCCCUCCCCGUAUCCCUGGAACUGCUGGAGGGUGCAGGGUGCAGGCUGGUUGGAUAGAGAUGGUCAGCAGGGGCCCUUGCACAAGGAGGGACCUCGAGGACUUGGAGGUUUUCAGGAUGAAAGAAGGGAUGUAGGGAAGUGAUUGGGCCGGAGAAAGUGAGAGAAGGCAUUGGUGCUGAGGAGUAGGACUCUGGGAAGGUGAGGGAUGAGAAGGCGAGCUCCUGGAGGGACUGCCCCGGAAGCCGUGACUCCAACCUCCCACCAUCCCAUGGGAAGAAGGAAAGCGAUAUUUUUUUUUUAGCCGACUUGUAGCCUGGAUCCUUAAGGGAACCUUUCCCAACCCUCCUUCCCCCAUCCUCAAGCUGCAUCCCCCCCCACCCCCCCCCAAUGAAGGCAGAAUUCUUAGGGAACAAGGACUUGAUUUGACUUUGCUCCCCUCCCCCACUGUUUUGGGAAUGAAUGAAAGGCCCAUUUUGUUGCCUGUGUUCUUGGUACUCAAUAAAAAUUGACCUUUUGUGCUAA